UAUGAAGUCAGUAAAUAGCAACGUUGAUGAAAGUGUGUGUUUUAUGAGUUCAGUUGUCAGAUAAAAUUGCCAACGGUAGGUCGUUUUCUUUCUUUGCAACGGACUGAGCACACACAAAACAUGUCACUCGACAACCAGAAACUGAAAUUGUACUACAACACAGCUUUGAAUUUGGUUAUGAAAUGUGGUCCAUUGAUGAGGGAGGGUUACGAGAAGGCUGCAGAUAAUUUCAAAGUAAAAUCAGAUUUCUAUGACUUAGUCACUGUUUACGACAAACAAAUCGAAGAUAUUUUAAUCGAAGGUUUACAAAAAGAAUUUCCAGAAUCUAAAUUCAUUGGAGAAGAAGAGUCAGCAAUUAGUAAGCGUGAAGCCGAACUCACUGAUGACCCCACUUGGAUUAUCGAUCCCAUCGAUGGCACCUCAAAUUUUAUACACAAAAUCCCACAUUGCUGUAUAUCGGUUGGCCUUGCCAUCAAUAAGGAACUGGUCGUUGGCGUUGUUUACAAUCCCAUAGCAAAUGAAUUGUACUCAGCUUACAAGGGACAUGGCGCAUACUUAAAUGGACAAAAAAUACAUGUCACCAAUUGCGCAAAUAUAAGGAGUGCUGUUGUAGGAUAUGAAAUCUCGCUCAUACAUGCCGAACGUGUACGUGAUAAGAAUGUGAAACGUUUAACCAAAUUGGCGUCGAAUAGCACAAGCACACGGAGUAUGGGUAGCGCUGCACUAACACUAUGCUAUGUAGCUAAAGGCAACUUUGAUUGCUAUCAUGUGGAAGAUUUAAAAUCUUGGGAUAUAGCUGGUGGUGCAGUCAUUUUACGCGAAGCUGGCGGUGUAUUACUUCAUACUAAAGGCGGUGAAUUUAAUAUUAUGAAACCAGAUUUGGUAUGUGCCGCUACAAUGGACCUAGCAAAGGAUGUAAUGAGACUAAUUGAAGAAGCUAACCAAAUUACUGAGUACACUAUCAAUUGAAAACACUAAUAACAUAAAAAAUGCAAAUAUUUAUCAUUAGCUAAAAGUUAGUUAUGUUAAACUAAAUAGAGAAAUAUUAAAUAAAGAGUUAUAACUUA